AUGAUCUCUGUAAUCACGGACGACUCCGUGGAAUACACUCCAGAGAACUACCUACUCCAUCUGACUCCCAUGCCGCUGACGACCUCCAAGAAAGCCAUCAUCCCCUACCCGAUCAAUGCAGCGCGUAGCCUCAUCCCGACCUUCUGGAGACAGACCUCAGCCCCCGCUACUACCGACUGGAUCACCAGAGUGGAAGAAAUACGGAACAUAGAAGAAACUAUCCUGGCAGCAAGGAGAUGGAGCCAAACCUACCAGAAGAUCUGGUACCACUGGAUACACUGGCUGGCUACGAAAUAA